CAUCAAAGGAAAGAGGGAAGGGAAGCCAGAGAGAGAGAGAGAGAGAGGGGAAGGAAGACGAGAUGGGAGGCCAUUCGUUCGAGAGAGAGAUCUUGAUCCCUACUUCCAAGGAGAAGAGUGAGGAGGAGGAGGAGGAGGUUGAGGAGCCGUUGAUCGCGGUGCCGGAGGAAGAGGAUGCAGGGGGGAUCCAUUGGGGAAAGGAUUUGAAGCAGGAAGAGACGUGGCGGAGGAAGACCGGCGGAGGAGUGACGCUAGAGGGGUACGUGGACGGCGGCGACGGCAUCGAAGACAGGACGGACGGGGUCGCGAGGACGAAGAGCUUAAGGGGCGAGGACCUGGAGGAGCUCAAAGGCUGCCUCGACCUAGGGUUCGGAUUCAACUACGACGAGAUCCCCGAGCUGUGCAACACGCUCCCUGCUCUGGAGCUGUGCUACUCCAUGAGCCAGAGGUUCCUGGACGAGCAGCAGCACAAUCGUUCGCUGGAUCGCUCCUCCUCGGGCGAUUCAUUGGAUCUGUGUGAAUCCCCGUCGUCCCCUCUCGUCGCCAACUGGAAGAUCGCUAGCCCAGGAGAUGAUCCAGAUGAAGUAAAAGCAAGGCUAAAAUAUUGGGCUCAAGCAGUGGCGUGCACUAUCAGACUGUGCAACUGAUAAAAAUUUCAUCUUUUCGAUUGUUUCUGGUGACGAAAAGGCGUAAUUAACCAUCAGCAGAAAAGAUUCCGGGAAAUAAAGCAUGAGAAAAAGAGAGGAAGCGAUGAGAAGAAGACUGAAAAGAUGGCAAUGGAAGUACGAAAAGAAGAAAAGAGGAAGCAGUAGAAGAGGGAGGUUGAGAGCAGAUUGAUAACGCAUUUCCUUCUUACCGCAUUGUUUCUGUAACGAUCGAGGUGAUAGAAACGUUGUACGAUAAUGUAAAUGAGAAUAAUGUUGAGGUUGCUCUCUGUAAGAAGUUUCUCAAGGAAUUCUGCAACGUGAAUGGAGGAUUUGAUGCUUGCAAGUUGCAA